CGUAUCAGGUGCUGUGCGGUACUUUCUGCCACUGUCGGAACCAAAAAGAGGCCCCAAGAUACCAGAGGCUUCCCCCGGAGCAGAGUGCUCGACGAGUGACACAAGUUACAGUGUAGCAAAGCCGCCGCAAAAUGUAUCGUUUGCUGGUGCAGAAGGCGCUCGCGAACAAUUCGAAACGACCGUCCGCCCAGCUGUUCGCCGUCAGCCGUUCGUACAGUGGAAGCGCACGAAGAUCCAACCUGCCACCGUUUCAGGAGGCAGGAUUCGGAAAGGUGCUAGUGGUUCUAUCUCCGUUUCUUAUUGGUGGAGGCGUCGUAACAUACGCCAAAUACGAUAAUGAAUUCCGUAAAACUUUAAUUACGAAUGUUCCUGCGCUGGAACCGGUGCUAAAGGCGCUACUGCAGGAGACAAACCCUCUGGAUGAGGUUUCUAAAAAGAUGGACGAUAUUAGCAAAACAAUCGGAGAGUAUACGUCGACCAUUACCGGGUUCUUUGGCGGUGGAGAAGAGGAAAAGAAGCAAGAAAAGAAACCUGAUUUGCCACCUGUCACCAAAUCCAAGUCGGUUCAUGUGCCCGUUCCUUCGCCACCACUACCAAAACCGGAACCCAUCAACCUUUCCGAAAAGGUACCUGAACCGACCAAGAAGGCAGCCCCGAAAGUUGUUCCCAGCCCGGCAACGGCAGCCAAAGGCACCAGUACAUCUGCCGCUGCUAGUGCGGUCGUUGCUCCAGCCAAAAGUGUUCCAGCACCAUCGAAACCGGUUCCCUUAUCAUCCGGCAGCGAGACAGUGCCGAAAUCCAUCAGCGAUCUCGAGCAGCAAGUCGAGGUGGCCGCUACGAUUGCCAUCAAAGAAUAUGGACACGCUGUGGAUGUGUUGAAAACAUACACUGAGGAGGUCCGCAAAGUGGUUGAUGCAUCGAUUGACAAACUGGACUCCAGCAGCUGGACUACGCUGCGUAAUCGUACCAGUGCGCGUGAUACUGCACUCGAGGCGGCCGAAACUGCUGCCGAUCAGGCUAAGGCGAACAUCGAGAAGCUGCACGCUUUGCUGAUCAGUCGCGAAAUUAAGUGUUCGGACGAGCUGAAGGAUAAAGCGCGCCAGAACAUUGCCGCCUAUCUGGAACAUCUUAAGAAGGCAAAGGAUGAAGUUUACGCGGCAAGGGAUCUCGCAUCGCUCGGUGAAAAGUACUGGAAGCGUGUCGAGUCUGCGCGGAAUUAUUUUGUCGACGAGAUGGAAUCCCUGUUCCCGGGAAUCAAUCUGUCCGAGCGUAAGCUGAGCCUUUCAAAGGACGAGCUUGACCUGUUCAUACUGCACGCAUACACGCAGGUGAUCGCGCAUCAGAAGGAGUUGCAAAAGCUGCAAAUUGAGGGCGAUCAAAAUUUGCGCCGCGCAGUAGAAGCCGUGAGGGGGUCGGAUCAGGCGGAGGAAGUUAAGGCACGGCUAGAGUACGAGAUUGCCAAGGAAAAGCGUCAGCUGAACCUGUUGAACCAGAAAAAGCUGUUGCACACACGGGCAGAGUUGGAGCAGCAGUUGCGAGAGCAGAUGAAGCGCCAAACGGAGGCACACAUCGACCAUCUGAAGGAUGCGCUCACGCAGAAGGAGGUAGAGAUGAGGCGAAAGUUCCAAAGGGAGCUGGACGAGAAAAUUACAACGGAACAGGCUAGUUACAAGUUGCAACUUGCGGCCAUGUUGGGCAAGCUAAAGGGUAUUCAUAAUGCACUGGUCGAGAUAGAUACCGAAAUGAAAGAACAUGCGGACGCUGAGAAAAGCGCACAUCAAGCACAAGCCCUGUGGGGCGCCUGCCAAUCACUGUGGUCUUCGAUUCGUAGCGGCCAGCCCGGGAAAUCGUGGCGUGAUCAGCUGCGCCCACUAAAAGAUGAAAUUGCAGCCGUUGCCCGCUCAGCGGAAGGAGACGAGCUAGUGGCCGUGGUUUUGAAAGGUUUGCCCGAAACGGCCGUCAAACGAGGUGUCUAUCCCGAGGAUGCUCUGCGCGAACGUUUCCUGAAGGUGGAAGAGGUUUCGCGACGGUUGGCCCUAGUUCCCGCAGGAGGUGCCCGGCUCCCGAUGUAUGUGCUAUCCUACCUGCAAGCAGCCCUGAUCGCUCGUCCCGAUAAGCCGAUCUCGCAAGACGAACUUGAAAACAAACCGUUUGACUUUAGCAAGCUGGACACGUAUGAUAUUUUGAACCGCGCCCGAUACUGGCUCGACCGCGGCGAUCUUGUAAAGACGGUCCAGUACGUUAACCUACUGCAGGGAGCACCACGCAAGGCCGCGCUAGAUUGGCUAAACGAGGCCCGGUUGCUACUGGAAACGCAACAAGCUGCCGGUACGCUAAUGGCGCAUGCCGCCGCUAGCGGUGUUCGAUUCCUGUGAGGCGACUGAUAGCGUAUUAUUUAACAGCCUUGGUCUGCUGAAUGAUUGACCGGCGUAAUUGUUACACAGUCUGGAAAGUGUGCGCUGUGCGAAAAAAAGUUAUAUCCGCUACAGAGCGUCGUUUGUGUUGUCCAAUACCCUUUAGUCUUGUCGCGGGUGUGGUGUAGCUGAUGCUACCAAUAGAUGCAAAACGAAAACCAGCCAUUCGGGUAUCAAAUAACUUAGAGCAAAUCGGCACCAAGUAUUGUUAAAGACACAUAUUUUCGUUUCCCUCUGUUCCAUCACGGCACAUUGGUUGAUUUUUUAUGUUUCCCUUGUAAUCGUUCUGUAGCAAAUGUAAAACUAAUGAUUAACAGGAAAUAAAAUAUGGCAUUAUGAUAGGAGAACCUAUUACAGCAACACCAUUUGCAAGAUGAUGGACCGCCGGACCGUAUAGUCAGAACAAGAACAUUAUUUAAUAAAGUCAGUCAUUU